AUGACACGACGGGAAAGAUCGACAGUUACCGAGAGAAAAACAACGUUUUGCGGUACUGAAGGUAAGCGCCAAGUCACAUAUCUUUUAAUCACUGACCUAAAACCAGAACUGGAUGGAGUGUCUAAUCUGAUCACCGCAAAUCUACAGUGUGGUAUUGCUGACAUGCUAUAGAAGGGGUUCUUAAAGUUUCUUGUGAUAGGUAGGAAUACAAAAGUGUUGCCUAAAGAGAAACUGGUUAUUAUAGUACCCUCUCUUCCGUUUGAAAUUUGCCAGUGAAUAAUUAGUCGCAUUAUCUCGUGUUUAAAAAGAUUUAAAACUCAUUAGAAGAACUGUGGGAAGCUAUAUCGUUCACGUUAAGUAGAAGAAGAUAUUUGCUUGACAGUAUAACUAAUUUAAACAUGUAUCGAUUUAAUUCGUAAGGAAUAUAACAGAUUUAAAAUCUCUCCUCGUUCAAAAUUAAUUCCCCUGAAUGAAAAGGUUGCAAUUUGAAAUCAUUACUUUCAAUCUAUAACUAAAUCUUCCUUGAUGUUAUCCAUUUCCAAACCUUCCUUGGGAAGUAAACCCAAACUGCUUACAUACCCUACCCUCGACCUACAGUAGCUGGCUUAACUCAUGGCCAUACAAGAAUGCUUUCAUUGCACACAUAUUCUUGCAUUAUUUGAUUACAGACGACCCCAGAAUACGACUUCCACGAGAACUGGAUGUAGAGCCAGACUCAUUGAGCGGGGAUGACAGUAAAGAUGCUGAACGAUACAUUGAGACUUUGGUUGUCGUUGAUGAAAAGAUGUGCGCAUUCCAUGGCGAGGACGCAGCAAAACAGUUUACUCUAGCAGCUUGUAAUAUAGUAAGUGUAAAAGUACAAGCGGCCGUGUCGAAUAUACAAUGUAUGUGAAACGUCUUGAUGAGAACAUUGAUAUUCUUCAACAAUUUAAAAUAAAUGAAUGAUAUUUGGUGAGAAAAUUGAACUUAAAGUUUUUGUAAAUCAACAUGAUUUUGUAUCAGAUAUACAAACUCCUUAUGAUUUCUUUAUGUGUUUUCUUAAUGAAUUAUUAAUGAGUUUCACAAUCAAUUUUGUUGGAUAGAUGUAAAUCAUACUGUAUAUUCAUUCCGACUCGAUAGCUGUGUUAUUGCUGGAUCUAGCAAAGACAAUCCGUUCGCCCCUCCCAUUUUUCCUCGCUCUCUUUCUCUCGUCUUCGCCUUCCACCCUAGUUUCUCCCACCCUCGCCCACCCCCUAAUAGCGCCUGCAACGUAGGCUAAUUUGUUACCAAUGAACUUUAUAUUCGAACUAUCACAUUUCCCGCCUAUCACUGCAAAAUCCACUAUUUUUACACAGGCGUCAGGUUUGCUGAAGGAUUCCUCAAUCGGCUCUAAUCCUAUCAACCUGGUCAUCACCAAAAUGCAAAUACAUACAACGCCACAGGUAUGAGUGAAUGAGUUCAUUCUUGAACUAGAAGACAAUCAGAGACUACACAUCUCCGCCAGAGAAUUAAGUUAUGUAUCAUGAAUAAAUUAUACAAUUGCUAAUUACGAAUUCAGUUUACUCUGACCAGCAAAUCAAGACAAAUUUUUGCUAACCCUUCAUCCAAUUUCCAGCCAAAUUUAACCAAAAUUUAAUCAAUUUGUCCUUGGACAAUGUCCAUCGCGCUGAAAGAUAAGCACGCAACACACAUACAUACAUACAAAGACGGACGAAAAAAACCCACUGGAUUCAAGUGAAGAAAAUUCACUUGUAAACAACACUUGCAAGUAAAUAUGUCUUUAGACAGAAGUAAAAUUUUAUCAUCGACAGAAUGAAGUAGAUAUUGAGAUUAUGUCAUCACUAGGAAGGACUGUUGAUCAACAAUCAUGCAAUGAAUUCGCUAUCAAGUUUUGGUAAAUGGGCAGAAAGGAAUACAGUUCCUGAUGAUUCCGACCCACAACAUUACGACUACGCCACUCUGUUUACCAG